AUGGAGGAUGUUGCAAAGGUGCACGUUCAUCCUGUUGUUCUUUUAUCAAUAAUUGAUUCCUACGAACGACGCAAUGAAGAUGCUCAAAAUGUGGUUGGGACACUACUCGGUACUUUUGAAAAGGGCAUAAUUGAGGUCACUCACUCCUUCUCUGUACCGCAUAAAGAGUCCAAGACAGAUGUUUCUAUGGAUCUUGAGUUCGGUAGAGCUAUGCUUAACCUGGAACGAAAGGUUAACCGCAAUCUGCGUCCGGUUGGGUGGUAUGCUACUGGAUCUGAGGUUACAGAGUCAUCACUUCUGAUUCACCAAGAUUACUACAUGAAACAUGUUAAGAAUCCCAUUUUCCUCCUCGUCAAUCCAAAUCUUGAAAUCGGCAAGAAAAUGAGCAUUCAAGCGUUCCAAAGCCGUUCUAUCGGUAUUCCCGAUGGUACCGUGGGAACGAUGUUUCUGUCUUUGGAAGUCAAUCUAGAGUUCUUCGAUACUGAGCGCUGCGCUGUCGACAUGAUGGUAGCAGAUUCUCUAAAUAAGGAGAAUCAACUAUCUGAGGCCACCGACGACUUAUCCUACCUCUACAAACUAACCGGUCGUCUGCUCUCAAUGUUGGAGCGCAUAAACAAAAAGGUGGAGGCUUUUGCCAACGGUGAGCAACCAGCAGACAGUGAGUUGGGCAUGGCUAUCGCACGACUCAUCUUCUCCACACCCAAACUGGAAUCGGACAAUGUGGAGGACCUCAUCAGUUCGUCUUUCAAGGACCUUCUUAUGGUUACCUACCUGACCAACCUGAUCCGGUCUCACACCAAACUGCUUAGCCUGGCGCACUGA